ACACAUGCAUGCCAAUAGGAGGUUAAGAUUUUAGGAUUUACAUCACAUGGUUCAGUUAACUUUUCAAACAACAUUAAAUUAAGAAAAUGGGAAAAGCGAAGAAAGUGAAAGUUUCCAAAGGUGAAACAAAACAACUAAAAAUGGCAUUGGGAGAUCAAAUGGAAGAUGAAAAAACAGUAAAACCAAAAAAUAGGCAUAAAAUCAGAAUUCGAGAUGAUGAAGAUGAAAAGUUUGUGGAUUCUUCUCUUACAAAGAAGAUUUUGUCUCAAGCCAGGAAACAACAGAUUGAAAUAGAGGAAGAGUCUGGAAUAGGAAUGACAAAAAAAUCAGUAAAGCAACCGACAGUAAAACUUGAUCCAGAAUUUAGCGAUACAGAAGAAGAACUUAGUGAUAAUGAACAUGAUAAUUCGAAGUUUUACGAAAACAUUGUAAUUAAUGAAGAAGACGAGCGUGCUAUACAAAUGUUCAUGUCUAAAGAUGCUGCACCAAUGAGAACAUUAGCUGACAUAAUAUUAGAAAAAUUAACAGAAAAGAAAACAGAAAUUGAAAGUCAAUUUUCAGAAGUAGAUUCUAUGCAAAUGCAAGAGUUAGAUCCACGAGUAAAAUCAAUGUAUGAAGGUGUUCGAGAUGUUUUAGUAAAAUAUCGCAGUGGAAAAUUACCUAAAGCAUUUAAAAUUGUACCCACCUUAAGGAAUUGGGAACAAAUAUUAUAUAUUACAGACCCACCAAAGUGGUCAGCUGCAGCAAUGUACCAAGCUACUAGAAUAUUUGCAUCUAAUCUUAAAGAAAAGAUGGCACAAAGGUUUUAUAAUUUGGUAUUGUUACCACGAAUUAGAGAUGACUUAGCAGAGUAUAAGAGAUUAAACUUUCAUCUAUAUCAAGCAUUACGAAAGGCAUUAUUUAAACCUGCUGGUUUUAUGAAAGGGAUUUUACUUCCAUUAUUAGAAUCUGGAACCUGUACAUUAAGAGAAGCUGUUAUUAUUGGAUCUGUAAUUGCUAAGAAUUCAAUUCCAAUUUUACAUUCUUCUGCAGCAGUAUUAAAGAUUGCAGAAAUGGAUUACACAGGAGCAAAUAGUAUUUUUCUCAGAAUAUUUCUAGAUAAAAAGUAUGCACUUCCAUACAGAGUCAUAGAUGGCCUUGUGUUUCACUUCUUGAGGUUUAAGAGAGAUCCCAGAGAAUUACCAGUUUUAUGGCAUCAAGCAUUACUAACAUUUGUACAGCGUUAUAAGAGUGAUAUCAGUUCGGAACAAAAAGAGGCUUUAUUGGAAUUAUUAAAAAAGCAAUCUCAUCAUUCAAUCACUCCCGAAGUACGAAGAGAAUUACAACAUGCUAAAUGUAGGGAUUUAGAAAUUACUGAAUCUAUACCAGAACCAAUGGUUUGCUGAGAGUUUAACUUUAUAAAAGUUUAUAUUAUGAAAUAUGUAAUUUAAUAUUGUUUUAUUAAUCUUUAAUAAAACAAAGAUUCUCCUAACA